GCCAUAUCAAGAACACUUUUUGUUUUUGUUUUUUUCUUUUUAUUUAAAAAAGUUCCCUACGCCUUCUCUCUUUUCCCUUUAUCCUCUUUCCUCUUGUUCCUGUCUCUCAUCGGACCUUUCUUCUGUGUGCCAGAUUUCAAAAAGUCCGCCUUCUGACUUCAUCGCCACCGAUUGAGCGACGAGGAUUUCUUUGGAUUUUCACGUCUCUCUUUUUUGUUUACGAAGAGAAUCUGAUUCUGGACUUUUCUGGAAUCCUUACAGCAAGAAACGCUUUUCGAACCCUAAGUUUAAAUUUCGCAAAAUGGCCGACGGCUUGAAAAUGGGAAACCUUUCCCUCAACGAAUCCCAGCAUGCGCCUCAGCCCCCCAACACUGGCCGCGCUGCUUACAUUCCUCCCCAUCUUCGCCAGCGCAACACGGGUAUGAACAUGGAUGGCGCUGCUCCUCCUCCGGGCCCCAGCUCCUUCUCUUCUAGAGGUGGCGGCAGUGGCGGCGGCGGCCGUGGCGGCAACUGGGCUAAUGCCAACGACUUCUCCCCCCGUGGUCCCAAUGGUAACAACAGCUGGAUCCCCCAGGAAGGCGCUCGUCGACCUUUUAACCCAGAUGCUUACGGAAAGCCCGCAGGCGGUGGCUACGGCUCCAACUCCAACUCCGGCUCCGGAGCCCAGGCCAGAGGAUCCGGCGACGGCCAGUGGCGUGACGGCAAACAUAUCCCUGGUCCCCAAAACCCCCGUUUGGAACGUGAACUCUUCGGAAUCCCCAACGACCCGGCCAAGCAGAGCACCGGUAUCAACUUCUCCAACUACGAUGAUAUCCCCGUGGAAGCCUCCGGUACCAAUGUCCCCGAGCCCGUUAACGCCUUCACCAACCCUCCCUUGGAUGACCACCUCAUCACCAACAUCACGCUCGCCGGUUACGUGGUCCCCACCCCGGUCCAGAAGUACUCCGUCCCGAUUGUUAUGAACGGCCGUGAUUUGAUGGCAUGUGCCCAGACCGGUUCCGGAAAGACUGGUGGUUUCCUCUUCCCCAUCCUCUCCCAGGCUUACCAGAAUGGUCCCUCGACCGCGCCCGCACAGGCGCCUGGCCAGUUUAGCUACGGCCGCCAGCGCAAGGCCUACCCCACCUCGCUCAUCUUGGCCCCCACCCGUGAACUUGUCUCGCAGAUCUUCGAAGAAGCGCGCAAGUUCGCCUACCGCUCGUGGGUCCGCCCCUGCGUCGUCUACGGUGGUGCCGACAUUGGCUCCCAGCUCCGCCAGAUCGAGCGUGGCUGUGACCUGCUCGUCGCUACCCCCGGUCGUCUGGUCGACCUCAUCGAGCGUGGCCGUAUCUCGCUGAUGAACAUCAAGUACCUGAUUUUGGACGAGGCUGACCGCAUGUUGGACAUGGGUUUCGAACCCCAGAUCCGCCGUAUUGUCGAGGGUGAGGACAUGCCGCGCGUCGAUGAGCGCCAGACCCUGAUGUUUUCGGCCACCUUCCCCCGCGACAUCCAGAUGCUGGCCCGCGACUUCCUCAAGGACUACAUCUUCUUGUCUGUCGGCCGUGUUGGUUCUACCUCCGAGAACAUCACCCAGCGUGUUGAGUACGUUGAGGACCACGACAAGCGUUCCGUGCUGCUCGACAUCCUGCACACCCACGGCACCACUGGUCUCACCCUGAUCUUCGUCGAGACUAAGCGUAUGGCCGACACUCUGUCCGACUUCCUCCUUAACCAGCGUUUCCCGGCUACUGCCAUUCACGGUGACCGUACCCAGCGUGAGCGUGAACGCGCUCUGGACAUGUUCCGCUCUGGUCGCUGCCCUAUCUUGGUUGCCACUGCUGUUGCGGCUCGUGGUCUCGAUAUUCCCAACGUCACCCACGUCGUUAACUACGAUCUUCCCACCGACAUUGACGACUACGUUCACCGUAUCGGUCGUACCGGUCGUGCGGGUAACACCGGUAUCGCUACCGCCUUCUUCAACCGCGGCAACCGUGGUGUCGUCCGUGACCUGCUUGACCUCCUCAAGGAGGCUAACCAGGAGAUGCCCUCGUUCCUUGAGAGCAUUGCUCGUGAGGGUAGUGGCUUCGGCGGUCGUGGCGGCGGACGUGGUGGCCGUGGUCGUGGUGCCAACGCUACCCGUGACAUGCGUCGCACUAUGGGCGGCGGCUUUAAUGCUGCCCCUAGCUACGGCGGCAGUGGUGGCGGCUUCGGAUCUGGUAGCUACGGCGGCAGCGGCGGUAGCUUUGGCGGCGGUAGCUACGGUGGUGGUGCUGGUGGUGCUCCGUCUUAUGGCGGCUACGGCGGUGGCUACGGCAACCCGUCUGGCUCCACCGGUCCCUCUUCCUGGUGGUAAAGGGAAAUCAGCGGUUGUAGUCUCUGACGAGGCCGUCAGGUCUGAUUGGCUGUCAUCUCUCUACUUUUCUUUUGUUGCCUUUCAUUGACGGUUACGAUCAGAACGAGUCCUGAGUUUCUGGUUUUUAUGAUUUUCAUUUUCUUCUUCACUUUCAUCUCAGGAACGGCUUUGUCAUGACUGCCACGACUAUUUUUCUUUUAUUGUCAUUUUUCUUUCUUCUUUUAAUCUGCGCCGGUGUUUAUUAUUGCUCAGCAUCUUGCAAGCCCGUCGUCUGUCUUUUUGUCUUCUUUUUUUUCCUUUUUUUUUGUUUUUCUUUUUUUUUUUUUUUUUUUU